AUGGGAAUGAUAUUUGAACUUCUUGGCAGUACUUACUUGCUUGCUUGUUAUUUCUCAAACUGGGCUCAAUACAGAUCUGGAUUUGCUCGGUAUUUGCCUGAGGAGAUUAAUCCUUUUUUGUGCACCCACUUGAUUUACGCAUUUGCUGCCAUAAAUGAAGAUAAUAAAAUUGUUACCACGGAGAAUAAUGAUGAAGCUUUUUAUAAAUCAUUUAAUGAUCUCAAGAAAAGGAAUAAAAAAUUGAAGACACUUCUGGCUGUUGGAGGUUGGAGAUUUGGUUCCACACGUUUUAAUAGCAUGGUGACCACUCAGACAACUAGAGCAAUAUUCAUCAAUUCUGUGGUUAGCUUCCUGAGGCAUCAUCGGUUUGAUGGUUUAGAACUGACUUGGCAGUAUCCUGGUGCUGAAGGAAACCCACCAGAAAACAAAGAGCUGUACUCAAGAUUGGUUAAAGAAUUGAAAACCACCUUUAUAAUUGAGGCAAAGCAAGCAAGAAAACCUACAUUACUGCUUUCAGCUUCUGUGGCUGCUGGUAAACACAACAUCGAUGGAAGUUAUGAUGUACCUUUAAUUGCUAAACAUCUCGAUUUUAUCGGUGUGAUGACAUUUGAUUUCAAUGGUCCCUGGAACACCUUCACAGGACACAACAGUCCUUUGUAUCCUCGAGGAGAUGAAGUGGGUGAUUCCAUGUAUUAUAAUACUGAGUUUGCUGUUAAAUACUUAAGAGGAAAAGGUGUACCAGGAAGAAAAUUGCUAGUUGGAAUUGCAACUUAUGGACGGAGCUUCAAUCUCUCUACUUCGAAUUCCGAUGUUGGUGCCCCAAUAACUGGUCCUGGACCAGCAGCUGAAUUCACAAAAGAGCCUGGUAUCAUGGCAAAUUUUGAGAUCUGUGACUUUCUGAAAGGUGCAGAAUAUUUUUGGAUUGAUGAACAACAGGUUCCAUAUGCGGUCAAGGGUGAUACCUGGCUUGGAUAUGAUAACCUGCGAAGCAUUAAUAGCAAAGUCAAGUGGCUAAAGAAGCGUGAGUUUGGAGGAGUUUUCGUGUGGACGCUUGAUUUCGAUGAUUUACAUGGACAUUGCCAACGUGGACCACAUCCUAACCAGAGGAGCCAACAGACUCGAUCACUGUUGAUCAUUCUUGAUCACUCGAUCAAGAAUGCCUACUGUACCAUCCCGCGCCCGCACUUUGGCAAGUCCAAUCACCUAGCUGUACUUCUAUUUCCAACAUCUGGGCAGAGACUGAGGAUCGCAGCACCGGUGGUGACAACUGCGGAGGUAUGGUCAAGGGAAGUGGAGGAGCGUUUACAGGACUACUUUGAAUCGAUGGACUGA